AUGCAUGUUUAUUUAAUAUCGACUUACAAUCAUACAUCGUACAACCAUAGAGAUCGUCUUCAUACUAAUCAGUAUAAGCUGUGCAACAUUGAGAAUUGUAAAAUGAUGUAUAAGUCGGAUCAUUUUGUUACAUGGUUUUCCUUUCUAUUUUAUAUAACUUCUUUUUUGGCUGGUACCCUCGAAGUGAAUGCAAGUGUUGUUGUUGAUAGUUCUACCACUACCACUACCACCAACACCACACCCACUGCUUGGGCUAUUACUGGUAAAAGUUUAUCAGCUUCAUUGGAAAAUGGUGGAUCUACUAGACCUGAAUCGAAUGUAUCCUCACUACCAACGCAUGAGGCUAAAAACAACAAACAUUUCCUAGAAUGGGUGGCUAUACCAAAAAAAAGUUAUCACGUUAACCUGUUCUCACAUGUAUCCAUUGUAUGUAGUGCUGUUGGUAAUCCUGCGCCAAGAGUUUACUGGUAUCGUUACGAUAAAAAAAAACCUGUCUACUAUUCAAAUGAUGAUAAUGUUAGUCACUUCAUCGACAAUCAACGGUUAACUCAAAACCAACUCAGAAACUUGUCCAAGAGCAGUCAACAACAACAACAACCAUCAUUGAAUCUCUACACUGCUAACCAGACUGGGUUUGUUAUUGCUAAACUUUUCAUACCAAUAAUCACUGGUGAUGAUACCGGUGAAGAAUUUCAUUGUAUUGCUGACAAUGGGUUAAAAAAAAAAGAUCGCAAGGUUUACCUCAAAGUCUCCAAUUCACCAGAUCUUCUUACUGCAUCACACGACUCUUAUGUACAACAGGUUGCAAAACAACAGAGGUUAGCUGAAGUCUACAAUAAACCAAAAAUAGUAUCAUGGACAAUGAACAGCACAGGUGUUAUCGGUAAUGAUGCUCUAUUACGAUGUAGACAUAAUUUUGUAGGAGGAACAGUUGUCAAUUGGAGAGACCAUAACAAUGUUGAAGUAGAAAACUUUAAUAGAUUUAUUAAACUACCCUCGGGGGAUUUACUCAUUCGUAAUGUAAGCCUACUAGACAUUGGUUCGUAUAAAUGUUCAGCAACCAAUGGUUACGGAUGGUCAACUGUUGAAUCAUUCUUGUAUCCUGUUUUCAGCAGCAGCAGCAGCAGCAUAAUGCUUCUCUUAUGUACAUUGUCGCGUGAUUUUUACACGUUUUUACCUAACCGAACAUAA